GCGAGCGAGCCCGCUGGAGAAGCCACUCGGCCGGCGGGGCCCCCCCAGGCGUUAAUGGCUUCUUGGCUUUGAAGAGGGAGAGGCUGCCCGGGGUCCAGUGUCUAAGUGAUGGUGGCGGCCGGGCUCCGAGACCCAGAGAGCCCGUGAGAAUGUCCAAACCUGCCAACCCAGCCCCCUCUCAACUCCUCUCUCUCUUGUUGUGUUUGAGCUGGGCCCUGCCAUGGCCCUGCAGGGCGCUGCCCAGUGCCCCGGACUACCUGCAGCGCGGCUGGCAAAGGCUGCUGGAGGAAGGAGAGAGCUGCUCGGACUGCAGCCCGGAGGAAUGCCCCACGCCCCGGGGAUGCCUGGCCGGCCUGGUGCGGGACCCGUGCGAGUGCUGCUGGGAGUGUGCCAACCUGGAGGGGCAGAUCUGCGACCUGGACAACACCAAUCACUUCUACGGGAAGUGCGGGGACCACCUGGAGUGCAAGCUGGACACGGGGGACCUCCGGAAGGGCGAGGUGCCUGAGCCCCAGUGCGCUUGCCUCUCCAGCCAGACCCUGUGUGGCUCUGAUGGCAAGACCUACGCCCAGAUCUGCAAGUUCCAGGAGGUGUUUCAUGCCCAUCCCGAGGCAAAUCUCACCGUGGCCCACGAGGGACCCUGUGAAUCAGAGCCCCAGAUCUUGUCUCCUCCCUACGACGUGUGGAACGUCACCGGGCAGGACGUGAUCUUCGGCUGCGAGGUCUUUGCCUACCCCAUGGCGUCCAUCGAGUGGCGGAAGGACGGCGCGGAGAUCCUGUUGCCGGGAGAUGACCCCCACAUCUCCGUCCAGUUCAGGGGCGGCCCCCAGAAAUACGAAGUGACCGGCUGGCUGCAGAUCCAGGGCGUCCGGGUGACGGACGAGGGCACCUACCGCUGCUUCGCCAGGAACAGGGUCGGGGAGGUGGCUGCGCUCGCCAGCUUGACCGUGCUGACGCCGGAUCAGCUGAACAUGACAGGGCUGUCCCUGCCCAGGCCACGCCCGGGGCCCGAGGACGACGCGGAGAGCGAGGAGUUGGACGAUUAUUACUAACGGCUGCAGCGGGGAGGUGGGACCAAGCUCGGGAUCCAGGAGGGAGACGUCGUCCGCCAGCCUUCCUCCUCUAUGGCAGUGCGAGGCGUGGACACCCGGCCUCCUUCCUCGGGAACCUCUGCGGGUGGAGUUUGGGGAGAUCCUCUGAGCAGACCCCUCCCCCCCACAUGGAAACUCCUGCUAUAAACAGUUUUGCGUUGAGAUCUUUGGGGCGGGGGGUGUCCAUCUUUCAAUAUAUCCCUUUGCUGGGUGAAGGGGGCAGCAGCAGGGUGGGGGGAGGGAGGGCUUAUUAGGUGUCUAGUGGCUCCCAGGAGAGGUGAAUGCGAACGGCACCGUGGAACCGUGCAAAGAGCGUCUCCCGAUUCAGAGCAGCUCAGCACAAGUGGCUAUGGGAGCCCAGCAAACAGGGGCUCGGCUAAGCUCCUUUCUGGCUCCCCUGCUACCAACAGACCUGGGGGAUCCCGGUCAGACACACCCACCCACUCACCAAGUCAGCCUGGCCACUACCUGUCUGCUCCGAUGUCCGGCUACCAGCUGGUAACCAAAUCAGGGCCCGACGGGCCUAGCCGGGAAGUGCGCUUUGGAAAUCCUUGGUGCAGCUGGUCCCUUGGUCUUGGGGCGAUUCGGAGCCACUCUCCUAAGGCGGGGAGCCACCCUCGAGGAGCGGAAGGACUCGCUUCCCAGGUUAGGGUGCUGCCACGGUACGGACCGACAGGCUGGGGGGUUGGAAAUGGGAUUCAGAAUCCAGCCCCUGCGGAGCGACACAGAGGGCUUGUCACUAACCCGUGAGGACGACCACGCCCCAUUCCCAGCAGCCUGCAUGUUACCAGCUCUGUAGCCCCCCGCUGCAGUACGGUGACAGCCAGGCCUGGGGCCAUGCUGGUGCCUGCAGCUGGAACGGGCUCUCGGAGCGGUUUGAUCAGCCUGCGGGUUAGCACCCAACCGUAGAAAGGUU